AUGGAUAAGCUUCCACCAGGCGCCUAUAACAGGCUACUAAAUCUUCUAUAUAAGAAAACAGUGCCAGAAGUCAGUCCCAAAGUCCCACUAGUAAAACGAGUGUUAUAUGACCUCGAUCAAAAUGAAAAGACACAUAAGUCUGCACUUGAUGACUUGAUGGAGCAUCUGUGGCGUCAAAAGCCUAUGGAAACAGCAAUAGAUGACGUGAAAAAGAAGCUUUCCAACCCUGUCCUUUCGAAUAUCUUGCUCUUUUCUUGUAAGAAUUCUUUGGUUGGGCGGCGAGAUUUUCAUAAUGUGUUCCCAGUUAAUAGAGAGCGGUUUUACUUUCUAGAUCAACAACUCAGGAAAGGUUUAGAUUUCCAUGUGGUAAAGGGCCGAAAUCCAGCAAGUUUAAUAUUCAGUGGCCAAUACUACUUGCUUUUUGCUAAUAUAAACCAAGCAUGUGUCUAUUAUAUGGAAACGCAGGGAAAACUUAUAAAUGGAUUUGAUUUGCAGUUUGAUUUUGUGCUUCCAACUGAAAACCACUUGAAGCGAAUGGCUUCGCCUCUCAUACAAUCUUCGGACACUAGCAAUAAGUCUGAAAUUUCUAUUCGCCCAGAUACUGUCGGGAUCACACCUAUUUCUGACAUCUUCAAGAUCUCUCCAUCAAAGUCACGCAUACUAAAAGAAUUGGAGACGUUAGAUCCCGAUCGUUCUCGUUAUAUCAAGGAGAAUCCUGAUCCGAUGUAUGAUCUAAUGGCUCGUUUCAUCGACGUACCAAACCGGUACAAACAAGUUCUAGUGAAAAACUACCCAUUUGGUCUUUCUAAACCUGCAUUACUGAAUCUUCUCUGGGAUUAUCAAUUCGCCAGCCCUGAGAAUCCUCAAGAUUCGAUUACACAUAUACAUUCAGACCCCUUAACCCAAACGACGUCGACACUUUUGAAUUUCAAGGACGAAACAAACGCAAAACGAUUUGUUCGUAACCAUCACGGACGCAGAUGGGAAAAAAUGUUGGAUCGCAACGAUAAACCAUUGUACGAACCGAUCAUCUGCGAGAUACUCGACUAA